UCUCUCUGCUUCCACUCCAGACUGCUGCUGAAUUGCUGGUAUGCCCUGCAGUCUGCUCUAAGGAUGAAGGGCUGGAGGAUGCUGGAAAGAGAGAACAAGGGAGAGAUUAUGUCUAAGCCCUUCCCUCUUCCCUCCCUCCUCCUUCUGUCAGGAGGACCACACUGACAGCCCUCCAGGGAGGAAAAGCGGGAGAGAGGGAGAAUACAGACUUUGUCUCUCUUUUCAGUUCCCCAUGAAGAUUCAGGGAUGCCUUCCAAGUCUUUGAAAGGGUCUUUGAGUGAGGGAGUCAGUCUAUAAAGGAAAGAGAGAAUACCAAGAAGCAGAUGCUGGCCAAGAGCAAUUUCAUUACAUCCAUGGAAUCAGGGCAACAAAUGUGCUUUGAUGCUUCUCCAUCACCCAGGAAUGGCAAUAAUUCCUUGCAAUGUGUUCUGCUCUUGCUGCUGGGGAGACAGUUGACUCAGACUCAGCCCGUGUUUAGCGCACCAGCUUGGCUCUGAUGCUGCUUCUGUGUUGGAGCUCCAGUGACAACCCUCAGAGAUGCCUAUUCUCUCCGGUGGCAGCGACCACGACUACAGCUACAAUUCCUGCACUUCCUUGAACCACCUGUUUCCCAUCUCAGUGGUCGAGACUCCCCCCGCCAAAGGGGUCCACUACCAACGGGCCCAGAGGAUUUACCACCCAGAUCGGCUCCGGACAGUUGAUCUGAAGAGGGAGAUCAUGGUCAAUGUUGGCGGCUUCAAGUACCUGUUGCCCUGGAGCACCUUGGACGAGUUCCCCGCAUCCCGGCUAAGCAAGCUGAAGUUCUGCAGCAGCUACGAAGAGAUAAUCCAGCUGUGCGAUGACUAUGAUGAAGACACGCAAGAGUUUUUCUUUGACCGGAACCCCAGCGCUUUUGGGGUGAUUGUCAGCUUCCUCACAGCAGGGAAACUGAUGCUCCUCAGCGACACCUGUGCCUUGUCCUUCCAGGAGGAGUUGAAGUACUGGGGGAUCGAGGAGUCCAACUUGGAGAACUGCUGCUUCCGGAAGCUCUUCCAGAAGGCUGAGGAGCUGGCCGAGAUGCGCAGAGAGGAGGAAAUGCAGAUGAGCAAAGUGACAGCCUGCGUCCUGGAAGAGGAGACCAAAUAUGGCCAGUUUAUGAGCAAGCUGAGGGACAUGGUGGAAAACCCCCGGUCGGGCCUCCCAGGGAAAAUCUUUGCUUGCCUCUCCAUCCUCUUUGUGGCCACCACAGCGAUAAGCCUUUGUGUCAGCACCAUGCCAGACUUAAGGGAAGAAGAAGACAGGGGCGAAUGUUCCCAAAAGUGCUAUUACAUGUUCAUCAUUGAGACCAUCUGCGUGGCUUGGUUCUCCCUGGAGUUCUGCCUCCGAUUCAUCCAGGCCAAGAGCAAAUGUCAGUUUUUCAAAGGUCCUCUGAACAUCAUUGACUUCUUGGCCAUCUCCCCAUAUUAUGCUUCCCUCAUUGUGCUGGACGACGAGCCCACUGAGAAUGACAGCAGGCCGAGUGGAAGCUCGUACCUUGAGAAGGUGGGCUUGGUGCUACGGGUCUUACGUGCCUUGAGGAUACUGUAUGUCAUGCGCCUUGCUAGGCACUCUUUGGGAUUGCAGACUUUGGGCCUCACUGUCCGGAGGAGCGCAAGAGAGUUUGGCCUGCUCUUGCUCUUCCUGUGUGUGGCCGUCACCCUCUUUUCCCCACUGGUCUACCUUGCAGAGAACGAAUCUGGGAAGAUCCUGGAGUUUACCAGCAUCCCUGCCUCUUACUGGUGGGCUAUCAUCUCCAUGACAACAGUGGGCUACGGGGACAUGGUACCCAGGAGCGUCCCAGGCCAGAUGGUUGCCCUAAGCAGCAUCCUGAGUGGAAUACUCAUUAUGGCUUUCCCAGCCACCUCCAUAUUCCACACAUUCUCCCACUCCUACUCCGAGCUGAGGAGGGAGCAUGAGCGGCUACAGUCCCGAAUCAUGAGGCUAAAAAACGCCAACACUUCUGGUGAGAGUGACACACUGAACGAGAGCGAAAGCUUCACUACGGAUGCAACUGGCUCACCCAUCAAGUACAUCUACAAAGGAUAAUGAACAUCCUGCUGCAAAAUAGUAAUAAUCUGUGUACUGUAAUGCACAAAGCAAAGCAGUUAGCCCAAGGCUUGCAAUUCGCCAUUUUUCAAAUGCAAUUGCUUCUGCAAAAGUCUGCCCGGGUGAAGCUUAAAGCACAUUGCUGAAAACAGUAACAAACAAUGCUCAGGCAGUAACGGCAAUGACAGGGUGGGUCUGGGGUACUAAAGGGUGCUGGUGAUGUUAGGAGCCCCACGUAGGAGUCUGGCUUACAGGCUGAGCAAAACAUACACCAAGCUGUGGCCCUAGACUAGAUCAGGGAUGGGAAACCCUUUUUUCAGCCCAAGGGCCAUGUUCCUUCAUAGGAGACCUCCUAGAGGUCACAUGCCAGGGGUAGGCAGGGCCAGGGCAAAAAGUGGGUGGAGACAGAGACAAAGGUGAACAGGGCUGGGUGCAAUAGUGGACGGAACAACAGUUGUGUGACUCUUUGCCUCUGUACAAUAGGCUGUGUUCCAAUCAUGCAAAAGCCAAAGGUUUCUACAUGUGCACAUCUCUAUCAGGAGAAACUAGAGGCAUUAUCAAAGUUAUAGGGCAUAUUUUGGCCAGGUAAAAGCACUUCAGGGGUGUGUGGAACAGGGCUGGUGUGGGGUGUGUGAGGGACAGAGAAGGGAGCAUUUUGAGGA